UCCGUUUAUAUUUUCAAGAUGGCUGCGCCCUGGGCAGUGAUAUUUUUAUUUUUUUCCCUCACUGUUAUCAAGCCUUCCUGUAUAAAGAGCGACGAAGUAAAGAUUUCAACGAAGAAUGGGCCUAUGAAAAUGUUCACUGACGUGGAAAUAGCAAAAUAUGAUGGGUCAAAUCCGGAUCUACCUAUCUAUAUGGCUGUAAAAGGUGUUGUAUUUGAUGUGUCACAAGGUGAAGAAUUCUAUGGCAAGGGUGCUCCCUACAAUGCACUUGUUGGUAAGGAUUCUACCAGGGCAGUCGCUAAGAUGUCUUUAGAUCCUGAUGAUCUUACAUCUGAUGUGACUGGUCUAUCAGAUGAGCAAUUCAAAUCAUUGGAAGAUACAUUUAGGAAUGUAUACAAGGCUAAGUAUCCUGUAGUGGGUCACAUGGCUUUCAAUGAUCAUCAUAUACAUGGUGACCUUUGACAUGAUAAUAAAUCAUAAACUAGUACUGAAUGCAAUAUUAAGGGAAAUACUGCUAUACACUUGAAGAUAAUACAUAUUAAAACCUGCAGAAAAGACUAAAUGGGGAGUAGGCCAUUUCUAAGUAUAUAAAUCAGUCAGGUGUUAAAAGUAAUGUUCAGCUUAAUAUUCUGCCAAGCCAGUAAACACAUUUGUUAAUUUCAAUUUCAGGGCUGAAAUUUUGUAAUGGGGUUUGCUAAAACUUACAUCAUCACUGCAUCAAACUUAAAAUGAAGCUAGUCAAGGAAUGAAUCUCACUAGAUAACAUAAUUUGUUAUUGUAACUCAUAUUGGAGAAAGCAAUGUAAAUUGUGCUUCCGACACCAAUACUCAAUAUCCCUCUGUCUCAUUCAGUGUUUCAGAAUGAUGCAUUCUCUUUCAAUAUUUUUUAUGAAUCAUGCCAUAAUGAAAAGAGAUAUUUAGAUAUUAUAAUAAUAAUUACAUUCAUAAAACACUUAAUACAUUAUGUUUCUAAGCACUUUAUAUAGCAAUUAUUAUUACUAUGGUCAUCGGAUCCUGGCAUACCCGCACACAAUGUACACACCUCCACUCCCUAGGGAGCAUUCCAACAAGUGUUUUAAGACUCAAUUCCUUGGCAUACUACUUAGACUUUUGCCUCAUUCAGGGACCCCAUUUAACACCUGGGUGGAGAGUGGCAAAGUGUGGAUUGAGCCUUGUCAAAGGGUGUGUUUAUGCUUCCAUUGCAAGGACAGAAUUAGUAUUUUCAAACAUCGUUUCAAAACACCGAUCGUAAACAUGGUUCUGGGAGUGCUGUUUAUGCUUGACUUUUAGAGGCAAAAUCACGAACUCCAGCUGGAUUCGCAUUGUAAUUUGGUUUAACAGGAAAGCGAGGUCAAAUUGGGCGCGCCCUUUUUUCGAAAGUUUUUUUUUCCGAGUGUUGUUAUAGGGAAGGUAUGUCGACUUCCAAUAUUGUGGUAAUUGCAUGGAGAUACUUGACAUAGCCAUAUAAUUUCCACCAUGGUUAGGAUAAUAGUGAGAAAAAAUAAAAAAUAUUAACGUAUACAUAAUAACAUAGUAAAACAUCUAUUUGAAGAGUUUGGUUGCAAAAGGGGUUAGGUCCACUCCAAGAAAAUCAUUUUUCUAAUUCUCCCAUAUUGCAAUAU